ACAUCUCUGUAGGAGAGCAUCCAGCUGCAGAGCAGGUAGCUAGAUACUGCGGUGUGUGUAGAGGAAUUGGGUCGAUUAGAUUAGAGGAGUAGAUUGUUAGUGUUAGCUGAGAGGCAUCGUCGACCCGCCGAUCGGUCAAGAAUGGCCGGAGGAGGAGCGAAGAGAGUCCUGCUGCUGUGCCUGUGCGUGGCCGUCGUGUUGGUGGCGGUCGGCAGUGGCGGCGCGGAGGCGAGGAAGCGAGGCAAGCAGUCGCUGGGGUUCUACGAGCUGCGGCGGGGCGAGUUCUCCAUGAUCGUCACCAACUGGGGCGCCACCAUCCUCGCCGUCAGGCUUCCCGACAAGAACGGGCACAUCGACGACGUCGUUCUUGGCUACAAGGACAUCGGAUCCUACGUGAACGACACGACCUACUUCGGCGCGCUGGUGGGGCGGGUGGCGAACCGGAUCGCCGGCGGGCGGUUCACCAUCAAGGACCGGCCCUACCACACGUACCAGAACGACGGCAACAACACGCUGCACGGCGGCCACCGCGGGUUCAACCAGGUGUUCUGGUCGGUCCGGGAGCGCGUCACGGGGGAGUUUCCCCACAUCACCUUCGCCUACCGGAGCUACGACGGCGAGCAGGGGUUCCCGGGGAACCUGGACGUGCUGGUCACCUACAAGAUCGACGGCGACUACUCGUACAGCGUCACCAUGUACGCGCGGCCGGUGGACAAGCCGACGCCCAUCAACCUGGCGCAGCACACGUACUGGAACCUCCGCGGCCACGGCCACGGCGACGUCCUGCGGCACGCCGUCCAGAUCUUCGCGAGCGCGGUGACGCCCGUGGGCGGGGACCUCAUCCCGACGGGCGCCGUCACCCCCGUCGCCGGCACGCCCUUCGACUUCCGCGCCCCGGCGGCGCCCGGCGCGCGCAUCGCGCAGGUCGAGGGCGGCGUCGGGUACGACAUCAACUACGUGCUGGACGGCGAGACGGACGGGCAGGGCGUGCGCAAGGUGGCCGUCGUCAGCGAGGACGAGUCCGGCCGCGUCAUGGAGCUGUGGGGGAACCAGCCGGGCCUGCAGUUCUACACGGGCAACUUCCUCGACGGCGACCAGGGAAAGGACGGCGCCGUCUACGCCAAGUACGGCGGGAUGUGCCUGGAGACGCAGGACUACCCGGACGCCGUGCACGAGCCGGGCUUCCCGGCAGAGGUCUACCGCCCUGGACAGGUCUACAAGCACUACAUGCUCUACAAGUUCUCCAUCAACAAGUAGAAGUGCAAGAAGCUCUCUCUCUCGUGCCUGAUGCUUGCCGAUGCCUCGUGGUCGUGGAGGUGUUAAUUUGUUGGGCUGAUAGCUUGUUGCAAGUAGUUACGUAAUAAGGGUUCAGAAUCUUGUGUAAUUGAGCAGGCUUUGCCUCUCUUUUAGCUUAGGAAGUUGCAACAAAAAUGUAUGGUUGCAUUUCAUCCAAAGUUUAUUAUCUAGUUCACAUUUCUGCCAUUGAA